AUGGCUAUAUUAUCAGCUCCUCUGCUUCUUCCUCUCCCUCAUCCCUUUUCAUUUCCCUCCAAACGCCACCGUUUCGGAACCUUUAAGGUUUCCAGCUCCAUCUCAUCCACUAAUGGAGCUCUGCUCAGAAGACAAUUCACGCAGCGAUACCCUCUCGUGUUUGCCAAAGCCUCCUCUGUUUACGCCACCAGAGAAGACCUCGACACUGUCAAUAUCGCUGAGGACGUAACCCAGUUGAUUGGAAGUACACCAAUGGUAUACCUCAACAAAGUUACCGGAGGUUGUGUGGCAAAUAUUGCAGCAAAGCUUGAAUCUAUGGAACCGUGCCGAAGUGUCAAGGAUAGAAUUGGAUGUAGCAUGAUAUCUUAUGCUGAGAAAAGUGGAUUAAUAUCUCCUGGAAAGAGUGUAUUAGUUGAACCAACUAGUGGAAAUACAGGACUUGGUAUUGCUUUUGUUGCUGCAACUAAAGGGUAUAAACUUAUAGUCACCAUGCCUGCAUCCAUAAAUCUCGAAAGGAGGAUUCUUUUACGUGCAUUUGGGGCAGAGGUUGUUUUGACAGAUCCAGAAAAGGGUUUGAAAGGAGCUUUAGAUAAAGCUGGAGAGAUUGUUCUGAGAACACCAAAUUCAUAUAUGCUUCAACAGUUUGAUAAUACCGCCAAUGCAAAGAUACAUUUCGAUACUACUGGGCCAGAAAUAUGGGAGGAUACCAUGGGCAGCGUUGACAUAUUUGUUGCUGCUAUUGGAACUGGUGGUACUGUUACAGGCACUGGGCGUUACCUGAAAGCAAUGAACAACGAGAUAAAGGUAGUAGGUGUGGAACCUGCAGAGAGGAGUGUGAUCUCUGGAGAAAAUCCAGGUUAUGUGCCAAGUAUUUUGGAUGUUAAUUUGCUUGAUGAGGUCAUCAAGGUUACUAAUGAUGAAGCUGUUGAAAUGGCAAGGAGACUAGCAUUGGAGGAAGGUUUACUGGUUGGUAUUUCAUCAGGAGCUGCUGCAGCUGCUGCAAUAAGUUUAGCAAGAAGGCCAGAAAAUACUGGAAAACUAAUCACGUGUCCAAUGUGUUUUUACACUAGUACCGCCACACCUGCGGGCUUGCAUGCAUCUGCUCAUUGA